AAUUGAUUAAAUAUUAAUUACCAAUCCUCUCGGGCCGGCAUGUCCAUUUAGAAAUGAGCCAAAACAAUUAUAAAUAUUGGGCUUUUUCAAAUCCAAAAGAGGCCCCUAAAAAAAUGAUAAAAAUAACUAAAUCCCCUCUCCUCUUUCUCUCUCUACUAUUACUACUCUCAACAUGCUUUCCUACAAUCAUUGCCCAAUCACCUAUCAACAUCUGGCCUAAACCAAGAAUCUUCUCCUGGACUCGCCCGCACUCGAUUUUACUUUCCAAUAAUUUCACUAUCCUAUCACCUACACAUAAAUACCUCUCGCCGGCGAUUAACCGUUCUUUAUGGCGUGCCCUUUACGAACACCAUCAACCUCUGGUUAGCCCCGCCGUAAACCUAACCGGAGGUCCGGCGCUUCUGUCUUUAACCGUCAUCGUCGACGAUCUCCUUGCUCCGCUUCACCACGGCGUUAACGAGUCAUACACAUUGACUGUUCCAUCCAAUGGAAGCAAUGGAGCGGUUCUGUGGGCGGAGACGGCGUGGGGAGCGAUGCGAGGAUUGGAGAGUUUUACGCAGCUUGUGUGGGGGAAUCCUUCUCGUGUGGCGGCGGGAAUUGAUGUCUCCGAUUGGCCUAUUUUUGGUCAUCGGGGAAUUAUGCUGGAUACGUCGAGGAAUUAUUAUGGAGUAGAGGAUAUAUUGAGGACGAUUAGUGCGAUGAGUGAGAAUAAGUUGAAUGUGUUUCAUUGGCAUAUUUCGGAUUCCCAUUCGUUUCCUAUGGUGUUGCCGUCGGAGCCGGAUUUGGCUGCGAAAGGAUCGUAUGGCGUUGAUAUGCAGUAUUCGAUUGAGGAUGUUAAUAAAGUGGUGGAGUUUGGUUUGGAACAUGGAGUUAGGGUUUUGCCAGAGAUCGACAUGCCAGGCCAUACAGGAUCAUGGGCCGAAGCUUACCCAGAGAUCGUUACCUGUGCCAACAUGUUCUGGUGGCCUGCAGGAGCCUCAUGGUCAGAUCGCCUUGCAUCUGAACCUGGAACUGGUCACCUCAAUCCAUUGAACCCCAAGACCUACGAAGUUGUAAAGAAUGUUAUUCGUGAUGUUACCAACAUUUUCCCAGAACCAUUUUACCAUGCAGGGGCCGAUGAAAUUAUUCCUGGCUGCUGGAAAGCCGAUCCAACCAUUCAAGGUUUUCUAGCAAAGAAUGGCACCCUCAGUCAGCUACUCGAAAUAUUUGUCAAUUCAACUUACCCAUACAUUUCUUCCUUAAAUCGUACUGUGGUUUAUUGGGAAGAUGUUCUGUUGGAUCAAAAUAUCAAUAUAAGAUCCACUAUUCUCCCCACAGAAAACACAAUUUUACAGACAUGGAACGGUGGACCAACUAACACGAAGAAGAUCGUGGAGUUAGGAUACCGUGCCAUUGUUUCAUCUGCAGAUUUCUAUUAUUUGGACUGUGGACAUGGUGACUUCAUUGGAAAUAACAGUGAGUAUAAUCAACCUCCUGGAAGCGAUCAGAAAAAUGGUAGUUCAUGGUGCGGGCCUUUCAAGUCAUGGCAAUUGAUAUAUAAUUACGAUAUAACGUAUGGAUUGAGCGACGAAGAAGCCAAAUUGGUGUUGGGAGGAGAAGUGGCACUCUGGUCUGAGCAAGCAGAUUCAACGGUCCUGGAUCCACGUUUAUGGCCAAGAUCUUCUGCAAUGGCUGAAACGAUGUGGUCAGGGAAUCGCGAUGAGAAUGGGUUGAAAAGAUACGCAGAAGCUACAGACCGGUUGAAUCAAUGGAGGCAUAGAAUGGUUUCUAGAGGUAUUGGUGCUGAACCCAUUCAACCGCUUUGGUGUAUAAAGAAUCCAGGCAUGUGCAACACUGUUAAUGCAUUUUAAUUUAUAUUUGUUUUCUUAAUUAUUUCAUUGCAAGAUAUGAAACUUCCCUGAGUGCAAAGUAAGUUUAGAUGAUUGUGUGAACCUCUGUUAUGAAUCUUUCUAUUGUUUAUCUAUAAACUUCAUUGAGAUUAUCAUUGA